GCCUGGCGUCGUUCUCGCCACCGACGUCGCGUCGUGACACCGACGUCGUUCAUGCCUCCGUCUCAUGUUAUCGACUCGCGCGCGAGGGACGCGAGACGCCGCGCGCGCGCUUAUCAAUCGCGACGACACGGAGACGCAUCUCGCGACGCGUGGACGUCCGCGGGGGGAUCGGCGCUCGACGACGAGCGGAGAACAAGGGGAACGUGAAUCGGCGCAUCCCUCGGAGCUAAGAAUACCACCGUAGGGAGAGAUCUUUAAAAGGAAAGAGAAUAUACGCGAUAUACACACGUACGUACGUGCACGCGCCCCUGUACACGUAUAAACACAAACGGGGUGGAAGCGUGCAGUGUAAAACACUGGAAUCGAUACCCCGCGUUGAGAAGUUCCGCAGGGCGAACGUGAACCAUAACAUUUGAGGGAGAGAGCCGCGGAUGCUCGGAUGGACGUGCCAGUAAAGUGAUUAUGUGGUGGACGUGGCCUGAACGUGUUGCCGAGGGGUGAAUCUAGGUCAUCGUGAAUGGACUCUUUCUCGACGCGCGGAAUUAAGUGUAGGAUCUCGCGUUCUACCCGAAGGGACGAGGGUUCUCCGGAGCGAGCGCGAUUGAGUAUAAUUGUCGGGUACGUCGAAGCUGCGCGCUUUUAGGCCCGUCGGAGGGUGUUUCUGCCGAGGGGCGAAUCGUAGGAGGCGACCUCGGAGAACUCCGUCACGUCCCAAGAUUAAACGGUUCUCUUUGAGAUAACGUAACCGCAUUAAGAUGUCAAAUGUGGCGACGAUGUGUUAAUUAAUAAUUUAAUUGCGACAAUCACGUUUACACGUAAUAACAUUGAUUGCCACGUUGUCGCGUUUCGAUCGCGAUAUAAACGACACGAGGGGCAAUUAGCGGCGAAAUUAACGCGGCGGAAACUGGACCAGGACGGGCGCGGUAUCUUCGUGCGAUCCGCACGCGAUGACAUCGCUUGUCGCGUUCGAGGGAGCGAUUUCUCCGCGUCGCCUUUCGGGCCCCGAGAACGCGUAAUGGUGAACGGUAUCGACGGUAAAUAAUAUGGCGCGUGUUGGCCCGCAGUCGAUGACGUCAAGGAACGAGGUGCACGUAGACGGUUCGAUGUAAAGAGGCUGGGCCGACGAAAGUGGAUACAACGAAAUUUCCCAAAGGACAAGAAACGAAUUUCCCAAAGGGCGCGCGGGAGCAUCGGCGAACGACGUGUUUUGCAGAGACGGACAGCGGCGAGAAAUGGAUUCGUUCCUAAUCAUUUCGACGAUUCGCGCGUCGUCCGAGGAGUGAGACAUGCGAGGCAAAACCCCUCGCUCAUUAUCUCGUAAGACCGGAGCGAGUCCUUCUCCCGGUUUCUUAAAAUGUUUCCAUCUGUCUUACAUGUAAAAAGCUUGAACGCACUGUGAUAUUUUAGAGGAUGGCACUGAGCUUCGUCCGAGGAGAGAAAGGAACGUGACGCGAUCGGGUCUGCAUUUUUCGAGAGAUUCUCAGCGCGCUUUCCUCCACGAUCUUCGCGGACGUCUUCAAGAUUCCUUACGCGACAAAUGCGGAAAUUUUUUUUCCUCAGGAGAGACGAGACUCUCCGAGCCGAACGUAUCGAUUUUUCACUUGAAAGACUUUAAACUAUCUCGGCAAAUAGGGCGAACGCCUAAGAGACGGCUGAAGGGAUAGAUUAAGAUAAAUCUCAAAGAGAGAGCGAGCGAGAGAGAGAGGGGGGUGAAGCGUUCCAAGGGGUUGCAAUAUAUCGAGUGCAGGGUUGGCGAGAGGAGCGAGAGAACCGAGAGUGAGAGAUCGGGACGAGUGGCGUUCCUCUCGAUUGAGAAAUAGAGAUAUCGCCGAAGCAGCAGGUUGAUACACACAAAGUGGGGACGUUGUGGAAAAUGGGUCAAGAGUGUCUCGGCGACGGCAGUGUGGCGGCUUCUACUUGACGUCUCGCGUUGAAUUGUCACGAGAAAUCGGUACUGCCGAGCCAUAUCGAGCGCUGUCGCGCGGAUUAAUUGAGACAGGGUCCACUCGGACGGGAGAACCGCAGAUCCCGAUGGUGUUGUUGAUCGCAACGUCAGUGCGAGUCGAAAUAAGUGUGCCAUUGCGCGCGUUUAUCGCCAAUUAUUAAAUUCGCAUCCGCGCGAAUAGCUAUUUUUCGUUGAUCGAUUGCAAUGCAAGUCGAUUAAAAGUUUACGAAUUAAAUUGAUUUAAAUUUCAGCUUGCAGAGCGAUGCGAAUCGCACUCGCUUCCUCAUAAUUUCACGAUCGAUGAAAGAUCCGUAUCUGGAUGUUGAUUUCGUGAUUAAGGAAUUCGAAAGAGGUACGAGGACGCCAAAGGACUGGUCGGUCUGUGCGAUUUAAUGAGACCAUCGAGAGUGCAACGGGGAACGCAAGCUCGAUACGGUGCAUCGUGCAAGAGAUGCAUCGUUUAUCGCGGCAGAAACGCAUCCGGUCGUCGUCCACGUGCUGAAAUCCGCGAGUCGUCGAUGUGACCGUGCCGUCGCCGUCACUUCUUCCGGGGAGACGUAGUCUCCUCUCAGCCUGACGAAUUCGACGAGGCUUCAGUCAUUUUUUAUGGUCUACGGAUCGCGCAGAGCCACAGAAUCAGCCACCACGGGGAUCGCUUGGCUCCACAACAUCACCGCUCAAGGUGAAAUGAGUAGCAGCGGUGGAUUCGGCGUCGGCGUCGCCGUCGCCGGUGUCGCCGGCGGGCCGACCCUCGCGGCCGCCCAGCAGGGUCAAGGAGUGGCCGCCCUCAUGGUGAUGCUCGCCGUUCUGUGCUUCAUCUUCGCGUAUUGCUGCUGGGGUGCGCCCUUCUGCCGUUCCCUGUGCAGACGGCAUUGCUGCUGCCGCUUGGAAGAUCCCGAUCCGGAUCCACGGUUCGGCGGCAGCGACCAGGCUAUGGUAGCGACGCCGACGAUUAUCCUUCUGCCGCACGGCAGAAUGCUCGUCGUCGACGGCACGAUUUUCACCCAGUUCCAAACUGAUCCCACAGGUUUAGACUUGGUGGAACUCGGUGACAGCGUGUUGCGCGCUCAGAGAAAUCCGCGGAGCGUAAAUCGUCACCAGUUACAAAGCAGUCAAGGCAGCAUCCUCGAAAUGGACGCUGAAACACCUAGCAAGGACAGCUUAGGCUCCGUCGGGUGUUUUCCGCCACCCACCUACGAGAGUAUUUACGGCAAAGAGGAGACCGACAUGCCUCCCUCUUAUUCCGACAUUCUUUUGCACAGAUUCGCCAAUCUACCGCACGAGAUUGAUAUGCACGGCUACUGCCGCGACGGCAAGGAGGAGAUCGAGAUGCAGAGUCUGGACAGCUGUCCGCAUAUCAUUGGCAAUCCGCUGAACUCGAUGCCCGGAUAUCACCCUUACGCUACGGUGACAAGUCUGUCCAGUCUGCAGAGCUACCCCCGACGGAACGUUUCGCGCAAUCCGUCCAUCAUCAGCAAUCCGCUGGACAACUUUUACGUGGACAACGAGCUCAGUCUCUACCGUCUCAGUCGGGAGACAAUGCCGCGGGUCUCCAGUAACGACGCGAACCUCGAGACCUUCCGCGCAUCCCACGACGAGAUGUCGUUCCGCGUUCCGCUCGACGAGAACGAGAAUCAUCGGCACGCGAGCCACAAUAAUUAUCAGGUCGCCGGUAACGAGCUGAUGAACACGAGGAAUCGCGCCCGCAGCGCUUCCAGACUGAGCCAGGACAGCCGCAGGAGUUCGUUGAAUCGCGAUGGAGAUCAGCAUCAGGUUUUCGUCAGGUUGCCCGAUCCCGAGGAGAUCGAGGCUGCGCGAGACAGACGUGCCGAUGAAGAUCAGCGAUCUGCUCGAACGUACCGCGAGGACCAGAACAUCAGAAAUCUGCAUCUGGAUCAUCCCCAAUUGCAAGACGAGAUCAAUCGCAACAUCGUCGACGACGAUCCCCGAUACUUUGCGAGGAACAGGCGACUGGAGAAUGAGGACAGGAAUCAAGACGAAGCCGAGGGAGUCCAAUAUCCCGACGAGGAGGCUGGAAAUUUCGGCGCGCUCGCCGAUAUUCGCGAGAGCAGAGUAUAAUCCGAACUUAUGCAUUCCUUUGAGCAACUGCUAAAGAAGAUAUCGUCAAAUUCGAAGUGCUUUAAAAGUAAAAAAAAUUCGUUUAAUCCUUCCAAGUAACACACAGCUCAAAUUUGAGGAAGUAUUUAUGACCAAAAUAAUUUUUAUCUUCAUCUUUAUUAGAAACUUGUUGAACAAGUCACAGCAUUCUAAGUUGCAAUCAAUGUUAACGUCUUCUUUUAAUUUCGUGGAAAAGAAUAGGUACAUGCUUUUAAUACAGUGCAAAUUUGAUAAACGUUAUAAUAACAUCUUGCGUGACAGAUAAAGAAAUUCGCGCAGAAGUUGCAAAGCAAAUUUGUACGAUGAGUCAUUAGGAUACUGUUUCAUGUUCGCGGAUAAACAAGUUGAUAUCCGGGAUUAAAAUUUAUGGAAAUCGAGCCGAGAAAUUAUGGUUACAAGAUAAAUAUUGCAGAAAAUAUAAGACGAUGUUAUAAUUGUAUAUGUAUAUACAUAUAUAUGUGACAAUAUAAUUGUGACAGUCUAGUAAUUCGUCACACAUACACGUACAUACACACACUUGCAGCGUAUUUCUGACAGAGUAUCGUGCAGUAUGAAAUUGAACAACGAUUUUUCCAACGGAGUCUUGAAAGUAUAGUUCUUACGUAUAGCGACCAGAAAAGAUUGGAAACGUAAAGAUAAUCAUAAGUUCUCUUUUUAGACACGCUGGACGACAAAAAGUAUCGAAAAUACCAAACGGCUUUUAUUCUCUUACAACAUAACGUGGAUAAAGAUUGUCGAGCAUGCGAUAAAUUAUAUUACGUAAUUCUUCCUGAUAAAAAAAACAAACAUCGAUUCCAAGGGAUUAGCGCAAGCUGAGCGAUUUUCGAGGGAAGUUUGUAUGCGAAAAAUUGCAUUUAAAUCUAACAAACGAAUCGUAGCAAAGUUAGCUCAGUCCGUCCAGGCUUUAACAAGCACACUUAAGUUUCACGAGCAUCACCGAGCAGCAAUUUAAUCAUGAUUAGCGAUUUCCUCCUCCUCGAUAUUUUAUAAGUAAGCUAAGCAGAUGCCAUGACCAUUAAACAGUUGUUGUAUCAUUAAAAAUCGUAUGCUUCUUAUAUUAUUUAUAAAAUACUCUUCACACUAUUUUUGAAUGGUACUGUCCACUAGAUACAUCGAACGAUUUUAGUGUUUGCGGAAAGGAUAGGACGAAAAUAAAUCUACGAUAACUAAAACAGAAAUUCAAUAUGACAUGACAAAAAUUUACCUUGAGGUAAAAAGCUAAGUGAACUGUAUCGCGUAUUAAUGGGAGUUUCAGGAACCAAAGAAAGGUGUCGCAUAUUAAUGGGGGUUUAAGGAACCAAAGAAAGAUCCGUAAUGAAAUUGGAUAAUCAGAGAUACAGCGAAGUAUCAAAACACGAAAUCGUACCAAGCAUACUUGAGAAGAUGAACGAUAAUAACGGUUGGCUUUAGAUACACUUCUUACGUACACAUAUGCGUGUAAGAUAAUUAUAGAAGGUGUUAUAAAAGUUGUACACGUUAUCACAGUUAUGAUCACUACUGUGUAUCAUAAGGAUAAACCACUGACCGAGAGCGGUACCGAGGGAAUAAAAAUUCUGCGUGAAGCAUA